ACAGAUUAUUCUAAUGGAAUCAUACCUAAUAUGGAAUCAUACCUGAUAUGAUUCCCUUAAAUCUGUACAAGUACGUGUACAAGGUUCAGAGAGAUAGGAUCGGCUGAGCGUAUCUCUCACUGGUGGCAAUGAUUAGAUACAGCAGUUCAUCGACGCACGCUACCUAUCACCGACAGACAGCUGCUGGCGUAUCAUGCGUUUCGAGCUGCAGGCGAAAACGCACACCGUCGUGACGCUGCCCAUCCACCUGGAGAACCAGCAGUACGUGUUUUACCGAGCGAACGAGAACCUUUCGUGCGCGUUAAACCGGGGAAAACGUACAAUGCUGACUCAGUUUUUCUUGCUUGCGGCUAACGAUGAUUUCGCCAAAACGCUCCUUUAUCACGACGUACCCAUGUACUAUCGGUACGGUGAACCGACAGCGCGUCAGCGACAACCGUGGCACGAAGCAGUGGAUACGUCGCACCCGUACCUCGCACAAAACGGUAGUUGGACGCAUGGUGUCCUGCGGAAUGCAGCUCUUGGAGUGCUACUGUUUGCGAUUGCUACUGUGCUAACCGCAAAGGACCAACAUCGUUCGAGAAUUUGCGCACUGUUGACGGCACAGUGUAUGCAACGUUCCAGCAAGCUGUCAUCAGAGAAGGACUGUUGCUAGAUGAUUCCGAGUGGGAACGGGCUCUACAGGAAGCGGCCACAUUCCAAAUGCCAUCCCAAUUUCGCCAUUUCUUUGCGCUUAUUCUCUCACCUGGGAUGCCGCAAGAACCGCGCAAGCUGUGGGAUAUGUACGCAGAGCUAUUGUGUGAAGACUUUCGCUUCCACGAUCGCGACCGGUAUACAUCACAACAGUCCGACCUGAAUACGCUGCUGAUUGACGUCGAACGUUUUCGUGCGCUGCGCGAAAUCGAUCGGUUUUUGCGACGUACCAUUCCGGCAAAGGAUUUAACCACCUUUCCCGAUAUGCCACAGCUGCAGGAUUAUGAACACGUUGGAGAGCACCUCAGGAACGAUGCGAAUGAGGUGAACGAGUUCAUCACGACCGAACGGGCUUACGCAGUGAACGAUCUCGACGAAACUUUGGCCACCCUACACCUACUCAACGACGAGCAGCGUACAGUGUACGACAAAAUUACGGCGGCCAUUGAUCGAGUUCGGAUAUCGACGAGCACUACAACGGAUACGGAUGUGAACACCAACUCAACCGGAAUCUAUAAUGCUGAAGACAAUCGCUUUUUCUUCCUGGACGGUCCUGGCGGUACGGGCAAAUCUUUCGUGCUGGAAAAAGUCCUCGCAUACACGCGACGCCAAUCAAACAUUGCGCUUGCCACUACGGCGAGUGCAAUAGCAGCGCUGUUCCUUAGUGGAGGAAGAACGGUCCACUCAACAUUUAAGCUUCCGCUCGACUUAAACCGACACUCCACUUGCAACAUCCCAGUACAGUCGAAGCGCGCUGAACUCAUCCGCCAGGCAACGCUAAUCGUGCGGGACGAAGCAUCCAUGAGCAGCCAAUAAGCAUUGGAAGCAGUCGAUCAUACCAUUCGGGACAUAACGGGCGUGCAGCGACCAUUUGGCGGCAAAGUGGUACUGCUGUCCGGUGACUUCCGUCAAAUUUUGCCCAUCGUACCAAAGGGUAAUGAUGCACAAAUAAUCAACGAGUGCAUCAAACGGAGCACACUAUAGUCCCUCUGUACGACGCUACGGCUGUGCGUUAACAUGCUGGUACGCACGGCUCCUAACGCGACUCGAGCCAGCGAGCUGCAGGAAUUUGCCAACUUUUUGCUGCGUAUCGGUGAAGGGCGACACGAUACGUUUGCAGGAGCGGACCCAUCGUUGGCAAAAAUACCGCACGAUAUGGUUGUACCGCGUACGGCGAACUCGGCUCAGGACAUCAAUAAGCUGAUUGCCCGCAUCUACCCAGACAUGCAACGGAACAGUCAGGAUCCAGAUCGAUUCUUUUCCGAUCGUGCGAUCCUGUCUCCUUUUAAUGUUGACGUUGCUGCCAUUAACAACAUUGUGAUGGAUCAGUUACCCGGGCAGGCAAGGUAGUAUCGUUCCGUGGACACAUUGCUAAACCCGGAGGAGCAUGAACACUUACAGAUUCCAUCCGAAUACCUCAACAAUAGCGGCAUACCACUGCAUCGCUUACGGCAGAAGCGAUCGACACCGGUGCUGUUGUUGCGAAAUCUCAAUUCCGACAUGGGACUUUGCAACGGAACGCGUCUUCAGAUUGUGGACAUGAAGACGCAUUGCUUGCACGCCAAGAUAUUGACGGGCAAGCGAUGAGGAACAGACGUGCUGCUGCUACGCAUUUACUGUGACAGCAACGACAAGGGCCAACCGUUCCAAAUCCACCGCAAACAGUUCCCACAGGUGCAGGUGUGCUUUGCCAUGACCAUCAAUAAAGCACAAGGACAAUCACUGAACCAUCUGGGCCUCUAUCUGCCAAAGGAUGUGUUUGCACACGGCCAGCUGUACGUGGCAGUGUCCCGCGUCACGACACGAGCAAAUAUAGCUGCGCCGAUCGCAAAUCCUGAACACGACAAUCAAGAUGGUGUCUCAACGCGAAACAUUGUGUAUCGAGAAAUCAUUGACGAUUGAACGUGUUCGGGGAUUCAGGUAAGACCAUUUGGGAACGAAGAAAAAACAAACUGCAUUACUAUCUGUUUUGUUUUUAUUCAUAUUACAGAUACCAUGUGUCCUUCGUGCCUUAUUGGUCGAGCUUAUUGUUGAUGGAACGCAUUCGGAUGGAGGUAAGGAAAACGAAUGAAAGUAUCAAAUACAAGCAAGAAGUAAUUGUGAACCUUUUUUCCCUCAUCGAUUACAGUUAAUAAUUUGUUCGCCCUCAUCGAGUUUUCGGACGCCCUCAAUCAUCGGAUUCAGACGCAUUCGCGUGUUGGUAGGUGAAAAGUAGAAAUACAAAUCUAAGAAAAAAAAACUUUAUAUCCUUCCUUUUUAUUUCAGCCCGAAAACAAACAUAAACUUUGACCAAGUUCAUCGAUCGAGACUUUCGGAUAAUUCGGACGCAUUCCAAUGUAGGUAAGUAGAAAGAGAAAAAAUAAGAAAUUUAAUAACAAAAUAACUAACUUUUUUUUUAUUAAUCCUACUACAGUUAUCAAAAAUGUCUGUGCCUCAUGCCUCACUACAUUCAAUGAUGAUGCUGGAACGCGUUCGUAUGUUGGUAAGAGAAAAAAGGAACGAAAACCAGUCCGUUUUAAAAUAUUUCAUUACCAAGUAGCUCUAACCUCUCCUACCUACAGGUAAUAAUUUGACUAUUUGUCGACGAACCAGCUUCAACCCAAGGAUGAAUGGAUUCGCCCAAUUUAUGACGACCCAAAUAAUAGGUAAGUUAUACAUUUCUUCACACACAAAUAAUAUGCAUACAACAUACGCUUAAUUUUUUUUGCUUACACAAUUUGCUCUUUCCAGGACAACUAAUUCAACUUUCUACUCUGAUUCAGCUAUCACCACAUGUUGGAGUGUUUUCUUUUAUCAGGUAUCAUAUUUUUUCCUUUUUAAUCAUUUCACCGUUCUAUUCAAAAUUUGCAACAUAUUUACAAUUCCAUUUUCCAUAGCUUUCAGAAGCUGAACGAGACCUUAUCCCGGAUGCUGCAACGAGCAAGUGGAUAUUUAUCACACAUCAAGCAUAAAACAGAGGCGAAGACAACUGACAUUCAUCGUAAUCAGUAAAACAUAAUGUACGUAUCGUCGUUAUCCAUACCUACCAUUGGUGUUAUUCACUUAUUAAUUUUUUCUUUUUUUUAUUUAUUUCAUGUCGCCGCAUCACUUUGGGAGCACGCGAACAAACAACAUGCAGCAGCGGUGUCAAUCAAGAGCACCAAGUAGCAGCAUCGGG